CACGUCGUUGGCCGGGUCGCUCGCACCCGGCAAAAGUGUCGGCGUAGCGCGAACCGACAACGACCACCGUGUCGCUACGGCCGCCGCCGUCACCUUUGCGUUUGCCUCUCUCGCCCGCAUUGGUUAGUCGCCGCCGCUCGUGGUGUUUCGUGUCGUAGCCGUAGUCGCGAUACACCGAGUCCGCCGCGCCGAGGAGGGGGGGACAGACCCUACGACGAUGUUGUCGCGGGAGUCGCAAAGAAGGGGGGAUGCUCCCCGGGGGAGCACGAAUCUGCGGUGUACGAGGUAGGGGAAGUCAGCUGAACGCGGUGGUGGAACGGUGAGGGUCGAGCGACGAGAAGGGCAACCGCGCUUCCACGUCGACCGCUCUGAGCGGUUUAGUCGCGAGUCGAGUCUCACCGCGUCAACGUGGCGGCGAUAUAUCGCAGAGUAGCCAGCCAGCGCUGGUGACGCGAGUCGUCUCUCGUCUCUUUCCUUUCGUUUCUUGCUUUCCCCCUCCCCCCUCCCCCUCAUCCGACGAGCGAUUUCCCCGUUUUUGCCCCCGUAUGGUUUGGUGCUUGUGAAAAAAAAAGGGUGCGCAUUGCGCGCACGGAUAUAUAAAAGUGUUCGUCACGCUGAAGAAGUGCCAGCCUCAGGUGCAUGGCUCCGCGUCCGAGUGUGAUACCGUUGUUUCACUGCUGCGACGGAUGUAGGAGGGAAAAAGUGCGACGAAUCACGCAGCUGGAUCGUCGAUGAGCCCAUGAGUCGAGGAAAGUGAUAGAAAAGUGGUGCUUUCGUCGAUUGUACGACCGACGGCGCGAGCGAGGAUCGACCGCGAAAGAUGCUGACGUCCAGCGCGAAUCAGUAUCUCCGUCCUGAUCAUUACCUCACGCCGCUACCUACUACGCUGGAUGCGAAGAAGAGUCCACUCGCUUUGCUGGCACAGACCUGCAGUCAGAUAGGAGCGGAUCCACCGUCCAACAAAUCGUUACUAAGUUCCUUGGACAAGACAUCGAGUAACCGAUCAUCCAAGACUGCGGAGCAGUCAUCUCGUGACAAGUCAUCGCCGGCGGUAACGACGUCGGCCACGGUGCCAACGUCGGCGAGCGAAUCGACAAAGACGAGCUUCAAGCCGUACGAAUCCUGCCUGGGGCGCGAGAAAACCUGCACCCCGACGGACGAGUCGCGAUCGACGUCGAGCCACUCGACGUCCGGGCGAUCGAGAACUCCUGGAAAUAGCAGCAGCAGCAAACGAUGCCCGAGCAAUCAGAGUGCCGCGUCAACGCGCGCGGUCACGCCGCAAGGUAGAAAGACGGCGACGCCGAACGGCGAGGUCGCGCGGGACUCGCCGGUUUCGAGAAGCUCGGCGCCCUCGAGUACGGUGGACGUACUAUCGACGAGUCAACCAACCGUGAGCAGUCCCUCGUUACAAGUCAAGCCCGCCUACAGCCCGGUCAGCGUGCUCGCGAUGGCCGAUCCGUCUAUCAAGGAUCUCCCAUUGGGCACGUUCAAGCCCGGCCAAGUCAGUCUACCGGCGUCCACCGCCGCCUACUUGGGCUACAGCCCCAGUCAACUACCGAUCGACGUGAUGGCCAAUUCGCUCAUGUCCCAUCACGCCGCCCUCAAGAACGGUAUCAACCCCUAUCUUUACGCCCGAUUGAAAAGCACCGGCGGACCAACCGCGGCGGACGGACUGAUGCCGAUAUGCCGCGAUCCCUUCUGCACCGGCUGCCAGCUCAACUCGCACCUACUGUCGAGCCCUGCGACGGCCGCGGCGGCGGCGGCGGCGGCGGCGGUGGCCAACAUCGCCAAUGGCAAAUUGCCGUCGGGCGCGAGCGGCGCGACGCCGGGUUCCUGUCCGGCCGGUUGCGCUCAGUGUGAUCACAAGCCCGGUAGCGUUUCGCCCUAUGGGUCGCUCGGCGCGGUUUACGCGCACGCGCAGCUCGCCGCGUUGGCCGCGGGCACGCAGCUACCCUACGUGUGCAACUGGAUCGCCGGCGACACCGCGUACUGCGGCAAGAGAUUCACCACGUCCGAGGAGCUGUUGCAGCAUCUGAGAAGUCACACGAACGUGUCGGCGAGCGGUGCGACCGCCGCGACGGAUCCCACCGCGCUCUCCCUGCUGCCCGGGCCACCCCCGGGCCUGCACCCCGCGACUCAUCCACUGUUCGCGAGGUCUUACCCUACGCCACCUUUGAGCCCGCUCGCCACCGCGCGCUACCAUCCCUACGGAAAACCCUCGCCGCUCCUGACGCCAUCCCUGUCGACGCUCGGUCUGCCGCUUCCGCCGCCGCCGCCGCCACCGCCGCAUCCGCACGCGACCGCCGGGCUGGCGUAUUUCUCCCCGUACUCUAUCUACGGCUCUCGUCUCGGUGCCACCUCUGGGAUGCAUCAAUGACUUCUCGGCAGCGAGCAUUCUCACGACAGCCAAACGUAGAGCCUCCGACCGGCGCGGCGCGGCGCGGCGCGGCGAACUGUGAUUCCGCUACUACGGAUUCGAGUACGUCGAACGAAGAGCACAGCGGUUCUACUGUCUACG